AUGAAUGGCCAGUACCUUAUGAAUAAACAGGUCUCGGUACAAUACGCCUAUAAGAAAGAUGGCAAGGGUGAACGUCAUGGUGAUCAAGCUGAGCGGAUGUUAGCUGCGCAAGCCCGCAAGCAUAACGUACGCCCGCCGACUCAGCCUUUACCAUCACCGUUCUCAGGUUCAGGGACCCCUAUGGUGCCCCCGGCCAUGGCCAAUGGUGAUAGCUCUAGGCAGAUCAGCACUGGUCCUCCGGACCUAGGGAUGGGCAGAGGCGUUGCAACCCCUAAUGUUGGUUUUUCGAAUGUGCCUCCCCCGCAACACCACAGGUCUGUUCCACCUGCGACACCUUUGGCAAAUCCACCACCAGGCUUGCCAGCUCGGCCUCCACCUUCACAAGCUGGCUAUGGAGGUCCACCGCAGGCUUUCUUACCUCCAGCCUUUAACAAUGCGGGUCAGCAAUCAUCUUUUCCUCCACAGCCCGCGCCACCUCCAGGCUUCGCUCCUCCCGGCUUUGGCCCUCCUACUGGGAAUGCCGCCCCCCCGCCACCGUUACCCCCAGGAUUUCAGCAGCCAGCCUACAGUCGGGGGCGCUAG